UUUGAUUCAAACAACAAAAAAAAGAAAACACUCUUAUUUAAUCAACAGAAAUACAAAAAUAAAUAUCAAAUAUAAAAUACCAUAAGCUUGAUAUUUCAAUAUAUACUCAUUCCUAUUCUUUAUCAGUUGCAAGAAACCUGCCUGAUUUAUAUCAUUUUUCAAAUUCACUGAAGAAGUCAACUUUUCACCACCCAAAUCCAAAUCCAAAUCCAAAUCCAAAUCCUAUCUCGAUCCAAUUCCCAGGCGAGACACCCUGAAUCAAAUCUUUAAUACCAACAACUAUCUCACAUCUUUGUUAUAUCGAUAAAGAAAAAUGCUAGAUUACUUGAAACAAACCAAUGAUGAUAUAAUCACGAAAUACCAAAAUUUAAUAAAUUAUGAAAAUGAAAGAUUAGAAUUUUGUGAUUUCAGCUAUAUUCUAUCUGAUAAUUUCGAUAAAUCAAAAAACAGAUAUGAUGUAUGUGUGCUGUCCACCUUUAUUUCUUACUUCUCGCUUCUAAUUACUAACGAUAUCAUUAUUCUUUAAUCAUUAAUACCAGGACAUAAUACCUUUUGAUAACAAUAGAGUCAAACUAGAAUCAUCAACAAAUAACUAUAUAAAUGCUUCUCAUAUUCAAUUAGGCGAAACCAAUUAUAUUGCUACUCAAGGCCCAUUAGAAGCAACUGCUGCCGAUUUUUGGCAAAUGUGUUAUCAACUAAACCAACCAAUUAUUGUCAUAAUAAUGCUAACUCCAUUGCAGGAAAAAUCAACUGAAAGAUGUUUUAAAUAUUGGCCCGACGAAACAAAUUUAAACAGCGAAAUGUACAUUUCAAAAAACAACUC